AUGUGGCAGCAGAGUUGCAGCACCCUGGAGGAGCAAAAGGCUGAACUUGCCCAAAACCUUGAAACAUCAAAUGAAGCUGAAACGAAUAUUCGAGCUCAGCUACAGGAAAGUCAACAAGCACUGGAGGAAAGUCAGCAGAACGUUACCAAGGGAGAGGAAGCUCUGGCACAGAGUGUUGAAGCUGAAAAGAACCUCAAAGCACAAUUUGAAGAAACGCAGCAGGCACUGGAGGAAAACAAGGAAAAGGUACUGAAGGAGAAACCUGCAAGACAUGGAAGCUUCCCUGGAAACAGAAAAGAGCCUUCGAGCAGAUUUGGAAGAAAUAAAGCAAGCAUUCGAAGAAAGCAGGAGCAGGCUAGUCUUGCAGAGGCGGCACUUUCUGAUUCAAGGGCUGAAUGCGGCAAGCUUGCGUACAAAGCCAGCGAUCUGGAAAAGCGGCUGACCGAGAGCGAGGAAGAGUCCAAGGCCGAAAUCGAAACGUUGCAGGAGAAAUGCACAAGUUUGGAGGGGGAAAGUCGGAGGUUUUCCAGCAAUUGGAAACCACCAACAACAUUAAAAACCCAACUCAACUGCACACACAAGAGAGCAGGAAAGCCAAGGCCGCAAUCAAGUUGA